GUGAGAUCAGCAAAAGCUUAACCAUGAAGAACCUUGUUGAACAAUGUAUGUUACAGAACCUUAGAUGGAUGGCUCCAGAAGUUUUCUCACAAUCAGGUCGAUACGACCGGCGCGUCGAUGUUUUCAGUUUUGCCUUGGUUGUUUGGGAAGUCCAUUCUGGUGAACUUCCAUUCUCACAUCUGAAGCCAGCUGCUGCAGCUGCUGAGAUGGCUUAUAAGAGAGGACGUCCACCACUUCCGGAUCAGCCUACCACGCAGUUCCCUGCUCCGAUACUAGAAAUGCUACCAAUGGCUUGGCAUCAAGAUCCAAUGGCAAGACCAGAUUUUGCGCAGAUCGUCACCAUUCUCGAACCUCAUGUCAGCUCUUUGGUUCAAACCUGCGAUCCUAGCGAUCCUCAGGGUACCGUAUCUCAUCUGAAGACUCGCUGGGAGCAGCUGGCGAAUAGCUCAUCACGAAAACAUGCAAUUUCGUCCACACUGUCCUCGCUCAACGGCAUCACAUCGAGUGGAACCGUCGAAGAACUUCGCCAGCGUAUCGACCGAAACGGUUACGUUUGCCAGUUGACCAAGGAAUGAUA